AUGUCCUAUACACGGCUCAAAUCGCUGUUCGGGCGACUUUCGCGUCGAAAUUCAUCAGCUUCAGAAACUUCGCGACCUUCUUCCCCAGCCCCAUCUUUGCAACCACAUGUACACUCCCCGUUGCAGACCAGCACCGAAAUACCAACAGAACCACAAGAACCUGUAUCAGAUCGUCUUGUAACGGAGCGGCGUCAUUCGUCGGGUGUUGCCGUUACAUCUAAUCCGGCGACUACAAGCAACGACCACGGUCAAGGACCUUCUGACCAAAAUACAAACUCGCCGCCACAGCCGCCGCUUUUCCCAUCGCCGCCAUCGCCAGUCAGAUCUCCGCGUCGGCGUCGGCCGACUACAUUAGCCAUACGAGCCUCGAGUGUGGGACAUUACGAUAUUGCAGUCACGAGCGAGAGCGUUGGACGAUACGAGGACAAGCGAGACACGAAUUCUGAUAUUCAUUUACCACGACGUGUACCUUCCAAGGCCGAUCUAAUUAUGGCCAGCACCGAGCGAGAAGAAGAGCGAACAGGAAAUCUAUCAUGGAGAGGCAGAGUAAAGGAUAGGGACAAAGACAGAGAUGACGACGAGGCUAGAGGUACAUCCGAACCAAUUCAAGCAGGUGGAGGAUCCCAUACACCGCAACGGGUAACGCGACCGUCCUUUUCUUUUUUGAGUAAACUGGCGAGUCGUGCGAGGUCUGGGAGAUCCGAAAACGUCGGCCGACGGGUAAGCGAGAUGUUUACGGGUGCAUCACCCGACGCGGAACAUACUCAUCACCCUCGCUCCCCAACCCCUGGAGGUUUAUCUACCACACCUGCCUCAAUAAAUUCUGUAACGGGUCCCUUAAUCCCGUUUUCUACGGUUGGAAGCUUCUCAAACACUGCGCUUACCACUGCACAUGUUCAUGGCUCAACGACCCUCCCUACACGUCUUAUACCAGGCCCUGAUCAGCACCCGCCAGAAGCCGCGCUUCCGCUUCAGCUCCAACCAUUGGACGUUCUAUUAAUGGCACUCACCGCGCCCCCCGAUGACAUAACACCUCCGAAUCCCUCAAUCAAUCCAACUAUUCUAGCCGCACAGUUAGCUCAACAUUUCCGUCACCCUAACUCCUUCACCUCGCACCCUCGUGCAGUUGUCGGAGCUGGCCCAGCGGGAAUCAGCUCAGCUGCACAAAUCGGGGCCACCGUGCUUGCCAACAUCGUCCGUAACCUACGAAAAAAGCACGCCAAAGGAUCUUGGGAAGUCGUCGGCGCGUGGGUGGAAUCAAUGUCCAGUCUUGAAAGCGCCAAAUCGGGUUCGUGUGGAGUAUCAGCGAUUGAACGAGCGUUGCUUUGGUCCACCCUCACCGACCCAAUCGACGAGAUGCCAGAUGAAGAUCUGUUGGACGAGUGGGCGGAGCGGGAUCGGACUGUACGGAUCUUAACAGAUGGAGGAAAAGACGUGUUGGGAUUAAGGCGAUUUGUUCCGACUCUUGGCUCGUGGAUAGAAUUUGCCGUUCGAGUUGUUCAAGACGAAUAUAAACUGGGCGAUCCUAGACUCAGGAGCUCGGUCGAACGAUUCGGAAGUCCAAAUGGCCAAGCAGCUCGGCUUCAUGGUUAUUCCCGAACCUAUGUCGAAGCUCAAAAAUGCAUCGACGCGACGCUCCGGUUGCUGGAAGACAUAGUAAGAUUAAAUGCUCCGAGGUUCGACGAAACGCAAGUUGGAGAUGUAGUAUCAAUAUUCUGUGGAGCUGUAAACGGGACGAUUGGAGGGUGGGAAGGAGAUGGUAGCGUGGAAGCUGUGACAAUGCCAGUUGACGGCCCGACCCAAAACUCGGAAGGAAUCGGCACUCAUCGAAGAUACCCAUCAUCAGCGUUUGCGUCGCCUCUUGCCAGUCCCAUCUCGCCAAAUAUUGCAGGUGUGGACACGUCCCCGCUUACGCCAUAUGCCGUGGCUGCCUCGCGUUUCGUCUCCCUCGCCCGAUCACUACAAAAGCAAACCCAUAUUCCACCGGACGUUUUGAAGAGUAUGUUGGAACAUUUAGCUUUAUUACUCGCGUAUGUCAAGACUCCAAUGGAUAUACUUCGACUUGGUGGCAGGCGGAAGAGUGUGGGUACACGGAGGGGAAGCGAAGGCCUGAGCGCCCCAACGAGUGCGAGGAGAGGAAGUGAGGGAGGUAGGAGAGGCAGUAUUGUGCCUGGCGGGCCAACGGAUCCCACUACUAGGGGUGAUCCCACUGCUCGAGGAGAGGUCGAUUGGGUUGAUGCCUAUUCAAGGGCUGAGUUGGAAGGCGAAGUCAGCGGGGCGUUUAGGGUACUUUUAUCUGGGCCGUAUGCGGUUGCUGUGGGCCGGAUUUUACUGGGAUUACUGGUCCCUGUUCCGAAUACAUCCGAUGAUAUCCUGGUUCAAAGUGCAUUGAUCUCCCUUGGUGCGGCCAGGGCAAUUCGACUCUCGGUUCGUGAAGCUGCAAUCCCCCGUAUGGCUCGUACUCGAUUCCAAAAAGAUGUUGCUGGAACAUGGACCAUGGCUGGAGUACCUAGCAUGGACGAAGCCGAGAUGGAGCUGAUGGAAUUGAUGUUCAGCAAGGAACCCGAUAGCGCAAGUGGAGCCUGGGAAACAGACCGGAUUGCUGGUGUACUAGGACCCGCAUUCUCGAGCUGGGAACCCUUUAUCAUAUCUAUUGGAGGUCCCGUUGAAGCCAUACUAGUCGAAAUGCUCGGAGUCGUGGAUGACUUGUUGCAAGAAGCCAAGGAAAACGAAAAAGCGUUUGGCAUCGAGGAAGGCAGAGUUAUUGGCGAAGUGACUGUGGCUGCGAUGCAACUGUUUACCUUGUACAGUCGGGGACAAGACCUACGCGUAUUGGAUAUUGCCACCACUCCCGAUGCAAGUACUCCGCUUCUGAACCCAGUGCUUCAAGCUCUCGUGGGAGUCAUUCGCAAGGUUGGAUUAUCGACGCCAAUCAGCCCUCCGAUCACUAGCACUCUACUUGGAAAAUCAACGUUUUUAACAGAUCAGUCGGCAGUAUCAAUAAUUCGGCAUUACGUCUCAAUGUCUCUCGUCACACCCUCUACACCGGACUAUCUGAACAAUCUCCGACAGCUGUUCCUCCAUUUUUAUAAACCGGAUCGACCCCUGGCUCGAAUCGAACUUGCUCAAGUGAUCACGAAGCUAUAUUUUGGAGUCCGCGAUUUGGUCGACCACCGCCGCGGAGUUGUUGAUUUGUGCCUGGAAGUUUGGGAGGCCAACAAUCUUAACUUGGUACGGGAGCAAGAACUCCAAGUCGUCUUAAGUGCACUCAAGAUACUUGGCGAUGCAAUUGUUGCUGGAUCUGUCGAAUCCGAUGGAAGGGGAUCAAUUGAAGAGCGACUGCGACUCCUGGUAGCCCUCAUCGGCCGAGAUGGAGACUGUACAAUUUCACCACGCAAACGAGAGCCGCCCCCUGAACCUUCACCCCCGGAUAGCCACUCUCGAACGCGCGACUCAUCUCCUACUCCAAUGAUGUCGUUAUUAAAUGCUCUGACACCCAGUGUUCUGACUCCUCGCGAAUUGCCUUCUGAACCUUCGAUUUCUUCACCACAGCCUAUUCGCCCGAGUGUUCCCCAUGCGUCUGCUCUUCCUGGUUCCUGCGUCGACCACGUGUCUGAGUGUAAAGCGAUGGCGGCUGUGGUCACCCUCAUUCAAGCCUUCUCGGCUCUUGCGUUUUCCCCUCCCCAUUCUCUAUCAUCAGCUGAGCGCACUGCUCGGGCACCAGCUUCGUUCCAGUGUAUUUUGGUUAUGCGCGAUCUUCUUGCUUUGCUUUCACCCGUUGGUCGAGAUAUGCUCGACCCCGAAUCAGAAGCCUCCGAAGAGCGAUCCCGCAUUAUCGACGGCAAAUCGUGUUGUUCUUAUGCUCGUUUGGCCAUUCUCCAAUGGUUGGUACGGCUACGCGCGGACCGAGAUCAUCGAUUGUACAUGGUCAAAGGUCUUGAUGGCGAAAUCGAGCCAUUUGCGCACUUAAUCAACCGAACGCCGCUUCGCCCUCGAGUAAACGAUGCUCCUGCUGCCCCAGAACCGCGAAUCCGAGAUCGAGACCGCGAACGAGACCGCGAACGCAGAAACCGGGGGAUGACAACUACCACCCCCAAUAAUCCUGAGGGCGCGCGUAUUGGUCGAAACCCAUCGCGUGGGCGAGAAAGCGAUAGUCGCAGUCGCUCUCGGCAGCCACCUGCCCCACCUCCUACUGUACCCCCGGUCAAAUAUCAUAUAUGGUCUAUCCCGGACAUGCUCCCGUUCGACGUUGCGUUCGGAACUCGGCCAAGUGAAGGGAUGACAACCUAUGAGCAACGCAUCAAGCCCAGCGACGAUGGCCUUUUACCUCAACUUUGGCUACCCGUGUCAGCUUAUGUGUGCGUAAUGAUCGACCUGAUCACUACCGAAACAGAUUGGGAGAUUUUAUCCUAUGUCCUGUGCCAUUUGCCAGUUCAGAUGUCAAACAAACAUUUGUUUUGCGGGCCAAGGACCAGGAGUGCGAUUAUUCGAUUAUUAUCCGAGCUUUGCACAGCGGUUUACGAGGAUAAACUGACCUCAAAUAUCGGGGCACUUCCGGUCAAUCUCAAGGCUACCGACGUUGCCGGUUUGGCGUAUCAUACUUUGACAACACUGAUGAGCUAUCACCGGACGUUCAAUAAGCAACUCCAGGAUGACCUGUUGCGAACCUUCCUGCGCGGUCUCAACAAAAAUACUACUACCGUUAAACCGUGUUUGCAAGCUCUGGCCAUUGCUGCAUUCGAACUUCAGCCUUCGACGACAAAAUUCUUGGGCGAGAUAGUAGACAAGCUUUCCCAAAUCAUGUCCAACCCGACAAUUGCUGGGUACAUCUUGGAACUUCUGUGCAUUAUUGGAUCGAUCCCCACAUUAUAUGCCAAUUUUACAGAUGAUAACUAUCGCCGGGUUUUCCAUGUUCCUUUGCAGUAUAUUACUCUUCACAAUCGACCAGACUCCCAUGCAGGUCCUGCUGGAAAAGAAUCAUACGCCCUUACUCAGCACGUUCUUAUCCUCGCUUAUUAUCAGAUAUAUAUCUGGUUCCUUGCACUCAAACUCCAAGACAGGCCAAAACAUAUACCUUAUAUUACUCGCCACCUCUUACUUGCCAAUGAGCAUUACACCCAAGUGGACGAACCUACCGAAGUCUGCUUUGACUGGCUGGCCCGAUUCGCCUUUGCCAAUGCAGAGUCUAAACCUAGGAUGUCAUCCCUGCGCGAAAGCGUACUCAAUCCACCGGGGAGUUCUGGCGAAGGGAUCGUGGCCAGCAAGUCCUGGGUAUUCGGAAACUCGAUCGUCACUAUCAAAACGUUACGCCAUUCCGGGUGGCUGGAAAUUGAGUGCAGACGGCCUUCUGGAUUGACCACUUUCUUGUGCAAGCUAGAGAAUGUAGCUGCCUUAGGGUUAGGCGAACAAGUGACUGGUGAGAUUGUCGAGGCUGCCACAGAAGCUAUUGGCCAGGUUCAAGACGAAACGAGCGACGGCCAGGUUGCAUCAAAAGAAGGACAUACCGGCGAGGCAUCUAACAUACCCAGUGGUUUGCUCAACCCAGCGAGCGUCGCGCCCCUCAAAGAAAUGGAACUCGACCCCAGUUAUCUUGCGCUUCAACUCUCUCCUUAUCCCGACAUCCGCCGUGCAUCUCUUCGAGGGCGGCUCGUGCCCAACGACGAUCUCCUUGGAAGAACCUUGCGUAGUCUUGAUCGCGUACCGGUGAUGGACUUCCAUAAGGUCGGAAUCAUAUACGUGGGCCCAGGCCAGACAGACGAACGUGAAAUACUCGGUAAUCGCGCCGGCUCGCCCGCAUACACCCACUUUCUCGAUAAUAUUGGCAGACUUAUCCGAUUGAAAGACCAGAGAGACCUGUACACUGGCGGGCUUGACCAACAUUACGAUAGCGAUGGCCAGUACGCUUACGCGUGGUGGGACGUAAUCAUUCAAAUGUUAUAUCAUACUGCUACAUUGAUGCCCAAUCGUGAUGGAGACGAUCAAUUUGCCUUCAAGAAGCUCCACAUCGGUAACGACUACGUUCGAAUCAUCUGGAAUGACUCCGGCAAGCCCUAUCGCUUCGAUACCCUUGCGACCCAGUUCCAGUACGUCAAUAUUGUUAUCGAACCUCACUCGGUUGGGACUGUUGCGGCAUUUACUUCCGACGCCCAUCGUGAAGAGUUCUACAAAGUCGUCCUUCAGCGCGCACCUGGGAUGCCUGAAUUCGGGAUGAUAGGAGAAUUCAAAAUUGUUUCUGCGAAAUGUUUACCUGAUGUCGUUCGACAAACUAGCAUGCUUGCGGACUUUUUUGCCCAGAUCUAUGUUCAUACUCAGCACGACACUAUUCGCGAAGAGUAUAUCACACCAUGGAGGGCGCGAUUAAGGCAGAUUCGGAUGUUCAAGUCAAAACUUCCACCGAUUGCCCCUGAAGAACAAGUGGAAGGCAUUCUGGGCCAGGAGGUGGCACGAGAUUUUUCGAGGUCGUAUUGA